UGGUAGUGAGCUAGCGUUAGCCGACCGAGCAGCUAAUAGCACACCCUCGUUUGUCUCAUUCAUAGCCAGAAAGAGGUAGUGUUCACUUACAUUUCGGUUGUAACGGUCACAAAAGUCGGUCUCACCGGCUGUCCGUCUCCAAUAUCAGGAAACAUGACUUCUUCACCGUCUGAUCCAACUCUAGAGAGACAUUUCAAGGGUCACAGGGAGACUGUGACGAGUGUGGACUUCAGCUGCAACAUGAAACAGAUUGCCACAGGCUCUAUGGACUCCUGUGUGAUGAUCUGGAACAUGAAACCUCAGAUGCGAGCGUAUCGUUUUGACGGACACAAAGAUGCUGUCAUGUCUGUUCAGUUUUCUCCCUCCGGCCACCUGGUGGCCUCGGCCUCCAGAGACAAGACUGUACGUCUUUGGGUGCCCAGCAUGAAGGCUGAGUCAACAGCUUUCAGGGCUCACACUGCCACCGUGCGCAGCGUUAACUUUUCUGGUGAUGGACAGAGUCUGGUCACAGCCUCUAACGACAAGACUAUCAAAGUGUGGACGGUCCACAGACAAAAGUUUCUCUUCUCUCUCAGCCAGCACAUCAACUGGGUCCGCUGUGCCAAAUUUUCUCCAGACGAUCGCUUGAUUGUGUCGUCCAGCGAUGACAAGACCAUAAAGCUGUGGGACAAGAAUAGCAGAGAGUGCAUUCAUUCUUUCUAUGAACAUGCUGGUUAUGCAAACCAUGUGGACUUCCAUCCCAGUGGAACAUGUAUCGCUGCAGCCAGUACUGACAACACUGUCAAGGUGUGGGACAUCAGAUCUCAUAAGAUGUUACAGCACUACCAAGUCCACAGUGGUGUGGUGAACAGCUUGUCUUUCCACCCGGCUGGUAAUUUCCUCAUCACUGCAUCCAGCGAUUCCACAGUGAAGAUACUGGACCUUGUAGAGGGCAAGCUACUGUAUACACUGCAUGGACACCAGGGUCCAGUGACCUGCGUGGCCUUUUCCAGGACAGGAGAGUACUUUGCCUCUGGAGGUUCUGAUGAACAGGUAAUGGUUUGGAAGAGCAACUGUGCUGAAGACAGUGAUGGUGUCAGGCUGCAGCAUAAAACUACUUCCAGCUUGCAGGCACUACCAGCCAGCUCCACAGCUCACCCCUCCUUUUACUCACAUCCAUCUGCACUGCGCAGCCAGGCAUCUGAACCAUCAGAUCAGUUCAAUGGACAGGACUCCCACACACAGAGUGGCAGCCACAGUGGCAGCCACAGCAGAGCGACUCAUUCCCAAACCAACAGACACCUCAGCACGAGCACCACCUCCACCCACCAGACACAAACCCAGGGUUUAUCGCAGCAUUCACCCCACGUUCAAGCACAGUCCCAGGCCUCAGAUGGAGGGGUCCCCCCUGGUCUCGCCAGCACCCUGGAACACAUCAUAGGUCAGCUGGAUAUUCUCACUCAGACGGUUUCGAUCUUGGAGCAGCGGCUGACACUGACAGAGGACAAGCUCAAGGAGUGUUUGGAGAACCAGAUGGAGAUCGGUCUGCAACUCCAGAGACGAGAGGAGGCCUAAAGAUGGCGGCACCAGAGAGCGGUUGAGAUGUGGUGUGAGGGGGAAACUGGGUCACGCAAACACCAUUAACAGAAACACGUAUGCAGUACUCUGUCAUUGUUGUUAGAUCACACUUAAAAUGUGCGAUCUAGCAAACAGUCCCGAACCGAUUUUUCCUGACUGGACUUAAAAUGCACAGCGAGCCUUGCUGCUGAUGUUCUGUGUCUGGUUAUUUUACAAAGAGAUAUCUGAAGUGAAGGAGUUGAAUAUUAGAGAAGUUGUUCUUCUACAAGAGUGCUGAGAGAGCAGUCCCUUUUCUGCUGACGAAGGACCUGCUGCUAGUAGCCACUGUGUGUGUGUGUGUGUGUGUGUGUGUGUGUGUGUGUGUGCGUGCGAUGGGUUGCCUCUACAAAAGUUUAGACACAUGCAAGAGACUUUUGCACUUGCCUUUACGAUACUCGUGUGGGCAAUUUUAAAACUCUGUAUUCAUGUAUGUGCAGGCUCACGCGGACAUGUUGGUAUACACAACCAACAUGUCCAUGAAGCACACUCAUUGUUGUAAACCCUAGUCAUACAGCACUAGUAUUACCAGGGGACCUUGUGUGAUUCAGAAAUGACCCACCCACGUCUGUAGCCCUUUUUACACUGACAUCCCGCCACAGAGCUGCAACAAUGUCCCUGCAUCACACUGGCUUUGGUUUUUAGUACAGAAUCAAACAAUGCAGCAUCGUGCCGCUCCAGUGUGUGAUUUUCGAAAGCAUGCUGGCGUUCUGGAAGCAAAAGAGCCGUGACAGGUAUGAUGUAAAACACAACAGCGUCGGUCUCCAGCGUGACUUACAGCACAUGCGUAGGGCGGUGUUUUCUGAACAAUAACAGUGGCAUAACAUGGCAACAACAAUCAUUUACUGUCCCUGUAAUAAGGUGGCUUAUGUUGUCUUCUGCGCAGAGAGUAAGAAGCUCAUGGACCUCAUUGUCCCCCCCCAAUUUGCGAACAUUUUCAGCUGCUGUUCCUCUUUGAGUUAGCUUCUAACUGCUGUUUAAAUCUCCCGGCAGUGGGUUGCACUCACAACAUGUUGUCAAAACAUCACACCUGUCCUGUCCAUGGUCCCGUCCAGGGGGCUCUACCUUUUACAGACCCCAAAUCAGUGUUGUUACCACCUCUGCUGCCGGCAUAAAGGCAAGAUAACUCUGUCCCCUUAUCCGCGAUCGUGUCUUUUAUACAGAACUGCAAGGCGGAAUAAUGACACGACAUUCCCACCUUGAACCAGCAGCACAAAAGGGGCUUGUAUUUCAUUCAGUGUAUUCGCACAGAAUAAACAAAGUCUUUUAUUUUUUUUAUUUGAAUUCACUGACAUUAGCCUGCAGAUAUGAUGCACACAGUCAUUUGUGCUUAACACAACACAGAAACACUACAUAGCACCACUAGUGGAGAUAUAUAUUGUGUUCACCUCCUUUUUUUAAGCAAACAGCUGAUUCUGCCACCACAUCAUCCAUCUCAUCAUCUUUUCAGCUUUUGCUUUCCUGAAUGAUGUGAGCAUGCUCUUUCUGUAAAACUCUCUCCAUGCUAUGUAUUGAGAGUGGAACAUAUUAUGGACAUUGCAGAUUUGCGCAGGAUUAAGAUCACAGACAUCCGUCGCAAUUAUUACAAAUUACAAGAGGUCCCCAGGUAAUAUUAAUAUUAGUCCUGUGCGUAGAGGGCUUAAGUUGCAUUCAGGCCUGUGCAGGCAUUAAAUCAUUUUCAAAUUGCAAAAAGAGGCUCAUUGUCAAAGUCAAUAAAAUAGGAGCCUGAAUUUGACCUAAUUCACUAAAUGUGCUGUCCUCCAUUCAUCUACCAUCAUUAGUAGAAGCAGUGAUUUAAAUCGACAAACCAAAUCAUUAAUCCAAAGCCAACAUGGUGCCUUUAUUGUGUCCAGACUGGUAAGCUUGUUUUGUUUUUUUAAGAAUAAGUCUGGUGAUGUUUUAUAUCUUUCCUGUUGUUGACAAAUCUGUAAAAAGACCAAAAACCAAAAACGAAUUCAUUCUCAUAUCAAUACAAGCGCAAUACAGUUUUUUGUUUGGUGACGUAGACCUCCACUGUUCUCACACAUCACUGAGCCACACAGUUGCUUUUGAUGAAGUAAAUUUGUUUUAGUCAAUCCCAAAUACACUGUUUUCCUGCUGUAAAUAUUGGGGAUACACAGAUUUUAUACGUGGGAUUGGUAUCUGCGCACCAGUAUGGACCUAAUUAUGCAAACUGGGCUAGGCCGUGACGUCACUCACCACAAUAAAUACUUUCUUUGUCAGUGUCAUGAUAAAAAUGUUGCGUUUCCACUAUCAGUUCCAGGAUGUACCACAGCAACGCUUGGCCUAAUGUUACCUUACUUAAAUUUUAUUUCAAUGAGUACUGGUGUGCAGUUUAAGCUCUGUGUCUGAGCUGAGGUAUUGAAGUCUGUAUCAGGAGAGAGGCUGACUUGGUGCAUCCUUAGUAAAUACUGACUAGUGCAGCAAAUAGGUGUUAAUCCAGGCCUGAAAAUCCACUCAGGAAAUUCUUCUUUUUCAGUAAUGUUUGUUUUUAGAGAUUGAACCUGGGAAUGGAUGGGCCUACAGCUGAGAGCAACACACAGGUUAGGAAAGCCAGGAUGUUCUGAGAGAUGAACUAACAUGUUGGUAGAUUUGGUUUUCUUUAUAGAUUGUUUACAAUUAAACAAAAUGUAAAAUAACAGCAGUUUUAUACUUUACGUUAAACUGAUGGUGCUUUUUGGACUUUGUGCUCUGUAAGUGCAGAACAGCUGAUUGGAACUACUGCAGUUUAAAGACAAGCGUCUUGUUCCGUCCUUUUAUAUCCUGUGUCUUAAAUUUUUAUACACUGAAA